CUCAGAAACUUGGUUUGAAAAAGAGCCCCGCCCUCCUCCUGCCUCUCCUGGAGCCUUAUAACCAGAUGCCUGUUCUUCAGACGCACAUACCCAAGAAACGCACUGGACUUGAGCACACUUACGAUCCCGGAGAGCAGACAGAAAGAAACGGAGACGGAAUAUAUAUAUAGUCGCGUAUCGCAUCUGUUUUACUCUGAGAGAAGCAUUUUGCCUGAGCGAAGAACCAUGGAUUUUUUGAACCACAACUACUUGAGCGCGCGCACGUCCUACGAUUACACCUUCAAUUUUUGGAAUGACUAUCUCGGCCUCUCCACGCUGGUCACCAAGAACAACAAGCACAGCGUUCCCCAGAGUCCCAACUCCAUCACGGAGUCCCUGAAAGCCACCCUGGGCUUGGACGACAGCCCUCCGUGCCCGUGCGUAAUCGCGGCCGGCGGCGAAGGCGACAGCGGUGGACACCUGGACUCCUGCUGCUGCCCCCCGCCCACCUCCAUCCUGGACCUGAAAGAGCGCUUCUCCAUCCUGAGCCCUUUCCAGAACCAGGGCACGGGGGGGCUGCUGUCCUCCUCCCAGGAGCGGGAGAUGGGCAUCGGAGGAGGCUUCGCGGGAUUUGAUCUGUUCGGCGUGGAAAGGAAGAUGAGGAAACCGGCCGCGCGCAACAAGCAGGAGCCAAAGAUCUGCGUCUUCUGUCGGAAUAACGGCGCCCCGGAGGAGGUGUACGGCUCGCACGUCCUGAAAACCCCGGAUGGGAGGGUGGUGUGCCCGAUCCUGCGGGCGUACACAUGCCCCCUAUGCAGUGCCAACGGGGACAACGCGCAUACAAUAAAAUACUGCCCUCUCUCCAAAGACCAGCCUGCCCAGAGAGUGCUGAAGGGAGGCAGAGCUGUGGGUGGUAAGCGAGUGAAAAUCUUCUAAAAAGACCCCCUAUAGACUUACACGUAUUGCACUGAACAUUUUCUUUCAGAUGACUGUUCUGAUUGACUGGCUUUCCGAGUCUUAACUACUAGGCAAACAAAUAAGAUGAUAUCAAUGUUUUUGUUAAACGAAGAAAAAAAAAAUCUCUUAUAUUUUUAUAGAUACUUUAUUUCCAUAGUUUUAUUGCAUACUUUAUUCAUAAAAAAAGCUAUUUUUUUUUUCCUUUUCACGCAUAGGUUUUAGAUGUUUAUUCACGACUCAUAGUCACAUUUUGUGUGAAAUAAGAUGUUAUUUUUGUUUAAAAUGGAGAAACGUGAAUGUUGGCACCAGAGGAGUUGCUCUUCUGUUCAACUCAAGUAUUUUCUUUACUGUAAGCUAAGCUUGCACCUCGUUUUUUGUCUUUAAACCAAAGUUUAGUUUGCCAUUAAGCGAUUUUAAAGAAUGUUCCACAUGUCUUCGUUUAUGAUCUUGAGUCCCAUUCCGCUCUCUCCUGAAAGUCCACUCCACAAUUUCCUGAGAUUUGCGAGCACGGGCGCGCAGAGCAACACAAUAGAGGCUCUGUUGCGCGUUCAUGUUGUCAGCAUAACUUCAUAAUCGGCCAAAUUAUUUCCAACCCCACCGACAGAGUCGGGCAUUUUACAUUGCAGAGUCCAUGUAACCAUAUUGAUAACAACAAGUGAAUUUCCUGCAGCUUAAAGAAGCAGUGUUGCUAAACAUGAACGUUGUAAUGUAAAGUGUGACCGCAGGCUAUUCUUCUGUAUGAGGUGCCCUUUCAAUGUUUACACCCCGAGGGAGGGGAACACACACUGGAGGGAAAGUAAAAAUCCUAUGGGUGCCUCUCUUCAGCUCGAUACCAAGUCCACCUUUCUCCAAAACAUCCUGGCAGAGCGAAAGAGAAAGGGAGAGGUUUAUGAAAAACAAAACCAACAACGAAUCAGUUCUCCACGGUGGAAUAAAGCACGUAUGAAUGUUCUUAAUAAAAAGCUUUUUUGUAAAAACAAUGUAUUUGCCCCUUUUUGCAUUAUGUACAAGAAUAUACCCCCCCAAAAAAACAAGAACGAAAAAGGAUGCAAACAUGAAUGUACAAUUUGACACUUGCAGGACUGCACAUUUCUGACAGUUGUGUUUACCAAAGGAAUUCAAUUUUAAUGAAGUGAGGAUUUGCUGUACUGUAAAUAAUUACAGAAAAAUGGAAAAUAAUUUAGUGAUGUCUAUUCAGUAUUUUACCUUUAAAAAGUGACUUCAGAGGGAACUACCUCACCGAGAUUUUGUACUUACAUGUAAAAUGUCAACAGCAGUUUAUUAAUAUAGUGUACCAUUUAUAACAAGGGUUUAUAAUAAUAUUUUUGAUCUUUGUAUAACAUAAUUGUAUUUUUUUUUCCAGUGCAUUCUACGGACGAAAGUGAAAUCCCAAUAAGCUCUAAGCAUUGUUUGCUAGGUGACGGCUGUACAUAAUAUUAAUAAUCAUGAUGAUGACGUCAUGCAUUUUAAGUUGUUGUUCAAUGUGACAUUCUUGGUUUGUGAGACUGAGAAUCAAAUGUUGAAGACAUCAACCAAUUUGCCACUUUUGUAAUUAAAUUAAAAGAGUAAAAAAAAAAAGAAACACUGUUGGAUUUUCUUAUUUAUAUUUUGUCACAAUUUCCCUGUAUGCUGCUGUGCAGAAAUUAAAGAGAUGAACUCACUAGAUAAAUAAACAGCUUAUGAAACGGUU